CAUGCCCGUAUUGACCAUCUUUCCCUCCCUCGAUUCCUCCCAUUAUCUCUCCCAUCAAUCAAAACUUCCACUCCCUCUCUUAAGAACAAUCGACUGAGCCAGCAAUUUAACCAUUCGAGACUCGGAGUAACAGAGGAAGCUAAAGAAGGAAACUAAAGGGUGUGAGAGGACCUAUUAGACAGGAAAUGGCGGCUGCAAAGCCUGACAAAUUCCACACGAUCGAUUUCGAGGAGACCGAGCUCAGGCUUGGGUUGCCUGGUGGGAAAGCCGGCGGUAACAAUGAGCCGGAGGCCCUCAAGGGUGCUAGCAAUAACGGUAACGGUGGUUAUGGGAAGAGAGGGUUCAUGGAGACUGUCGACUUGAAGCUCAACUUCUCCUCGAAAGAUUCGAACGCGGAGAAGGCCGAGAAGAUGAAGGAGAAGACCGUCGUUGCCCAAUCGAGCACCGACCCCGCGAAGCCUCCUGCCAAGGCACAGGUGGUGGGUUGGCCACCCGUCCGGUCGUUCCGGAAGAACAUCAUGGCCGUCCAGAAGAGCAACACCGAUGAGUCGGACAAACCCAGCAGCAGCGCCGCGUACGUUAAAGUCAGCAUGGACGGCGCGCCCUAUCUGCGCAAGGUGGACCUGAAACUGUACAAGAGCUAUCAGGAACUCUCCGAUGACCUGGCGAAUAUGUUCAGAUCAUUCACCAUUGGCAACUGUGGGUCACAAGGGAUGAAGGACUUCAUGAAUGAGAGCAAACUGAUAGACCUCUUAAAUGGAUCCGACUAUGUGCCCACUUAUGAGGAUAAGGAUGGGGAUUGGAUGCUCGUGGGAGACGUGCCAUGGGAGAUGUUUGUCGAUUCAUGCAAGCGUCUAAGGAUAAUGAAAGGAUCCGAGGCUAUUGGACUCGCACCAAGAGCUGUGGAGAAGUGUCGGAACAGAAGCUGAAGAGCUCGCAUCGACCGAGAUGAUCAAAGCUUGAUUUGGCGAUGUACUUCAUCGAUGAGAGUAUCGGCUGAAAGCAAUCUCUUGGGAGGAAAUCUGAUAAAACCGAAUCGAUAAAAUCUGGAAUUAGCAGACCGGCUCGAGAGGGGUCGAGCAGGGAGUCUAGAUCGCGGCUUGUUCUUCCUCGAAGAUGUUCCUGUUUUGUUUUUUUUUUAUAUGUAUAAAAUUAUAAUAGAUUUCUGAUGAAAAUGUUAGGGAACAUGAAGCAAUAAUAUAAUGUUUAAUUAUUGCCGUAAGCUGUAAUGUACGUACGGGUUGUUCUGUCUCUCCCUUGUUCUUUUAUUUAUCUUUUUUGUAAUGGCAUGUGUAUGUACGUAUAUUUUAUCUCAUCAAUGUCGAUGAAUUAUGAGAUUCUCUGAA